CCAAGAAAAAAGAAUGUUCUUCAAAUUAUUCCAAUAGUGCAAUGGAGAAUGAAAGCAAACAAAAUGGACGYACGCUCGUCUCCCACGCCCACUGAUGGAGCUUAUGCAAACAAUAAGCCUAGGUUUUUCGUGAAGCUGCUGAAGUUUAAUCGCCGGCGAAUCUGGUUUUCUUCAAGGCCUUAGAUUGAUGCGGAAAACGUCGUAGAGUCGCCGGGAGCUUUUCAUACAGUUGGAGGAAAUCGGAAAUGGCUGGAAAGACGAGGAGCGACGCGAGCAGUAGCACUAGUGGUGGCGCUGAGAGAGGGGAAAGCGUGGUGAUUGACUGUAGAAGACAAAAAUCCUCUUGUGGCUACUGUAAAUCUGGUGCUCGCACUAGCAUCACUCACGGUUUAUGGGCACUAGACAAUCUUUCUGUCGAUGACUACCAAGAUCUUCUUGAUCGUGGCUGGAGAAGGUCGGGCUGUUAUCUCUACAAACCUGAGAUGGAAAGGACAUGUUGCCCAUCUUAUACAAUCCGUUUGAAGGCAUCUGACUUUGUUCCAUCUAAAGAACAACUCCGAGUAUCUAGACGAAUUCAAAGGUUUUUAGAUGGUACCUUGGAGCAUGAUAAACCAGUGAAGCACACAGAAGUUUCAAGUGCUUCCAAGGGCUUAUGUAGCUAUGCAGGCAGUGAAGAUUCUAACUCGGUAGAGAAGGACUCGUCCUUUAUAAAUAAAGAAAAUGAGGAAGACCGCUUUAUGCUUCAUCUGUCUGGUAAGGUCGAUGAUGCCAUACGUUUGUGCACCCAAUGCGGUGAACUUCCCUGUAAUAUACAAUUUCCAAAGGCUUCUGUCAAAAGGGUUUCCAAUGCAAAGAGGAAACGGCCGGUUCAAGGAUCUAAGGAUCUUGAAUACUCCAGCAACGUUGCAUUCCAAUUGUCUGCCAGCAUAAAGCGCACCCAAGUUGGUGAGAAGAAUGAUGAUAACUUACCAUCAUCAGAGUGUAAAGCAGCAGAAACUGGGUUUACCCCUAAAACAAUAGCUGAAAAAUUGGUAAAUUAUUUGAGCCAGGUUGAAGUGUUAUCUGGUUUCUCAAUCAAAGCAUGCAAUGGACAUAUUAAUUUUUAUUCUGAUAAGGGAGAAGCUUCCUCCCUGGAUAGUGCUCAAAAGGCUACCAUUUCUCCAGAAUCUGCUAAAGGCAGAAGUAAAGGUUUCAGUAUGGAGAAGAACUCUAAACGUUCUUUUCAGAAGAGACGAAAGCUUGAGAUACGCCUGAAAAGGUCCAGUUUUGAUCGGGAAGAAUACGCUCUGUAUAGACGUUAUCAGCUUCUUGUGCAUAAUGAUAGUCCAAGUCGUAUAUCUGAAACCUCAUACAGGAAUUUUCUGGUUGACUCCCCCCUCAACUUUGUUCCCCCAACUGGUGAUGGUACAGUUCCGCCCUGUGGGUUUGGUUCUUUUCACCAGCAAUAUGUGAUUGACGGGAGGUUAGUUGCAGUUGGUGUUGUAGACAUCCUUCCAAGAUGUUUAUCAAGUAAAUAUUUAUUCUGGGACCCUGACUAUGCUUUCCUAUCUCUGGGAAAGUACUCAGCCCUACAAGAAAUUGAAUGGGUAAAACAAAAUCAAAUGCAUUGUGCCAGCCUUCAAUAUUAUUAUCUUGGUUACUAUAUUCACAACUGCGGGAAGAUGAGAUAUAAGGCAGGAUAUCGCCCAUCGGAGCUUCUUUGUCCACUUCGUUACACGUGGAUUCCAUUUGGGACUGCGAAGCCAUUGCUUGAUCAAAAGCCUUAUGUGGUCUUAUCAGAUUUUUCACACCAACAAAAUGGGGAAUCAUCACCAGUUCUCAAGGCGCCGAAUGAUAUGGAACUAGAACAUGAUGACGAUUUUCUGGAAGAACCAAAUGAGGCUAAUAUGGAUGAGGAUGGGGCAAUGAUUGAGUCUUACUCUAGUAGUUCCGAUGAUGAUUUGGCCUCAUCAGAAAGCAGUGGUCUGGCCUCCUCUGAAAUGGAAGAUGGAGAUAUCACAAAUAUAUUAAUCGGCAUAGGCCAUUCCCGUAUGAGAUAUAAGGAUAUACAAGGAGCCAUUUCACCCUCCGCAAGAACGAAAUUGGAAAAUCAGUUGCUAAGAUACAGAAGAGUGGUUGGUAAAGAGCUAUCGGAAAGAAUGGUUUAUAUUCCUCGGUGACCUGUAGACUUCAAUUCCUGAAGCUAUCUCAGAAUUACUUCAGAUCUCUCUCUGUUGAUUGUUUAUACAUUUGCUAUGACAACUAUAUUUGAAAUUACAUUACAGACUGCUAAGGCAUUUUGAGUCCUGUUUUCAUUUUUCAUGUCA